UCUUUUUGUUUUAUAUCACAAUGUAUCUCCAUUACAUAAGCUUUCCUGCUUCCUCUCUAUUCUCUCCCUCCCUCUCUUUCUUUCUUUCUUUCUUUCUCUCUCUCUCUUUUAUCAGUUUUUUUUUCUUCUUCAUGUAAGUGAGGACUUGAGACUGAUCACUGAACACCAUAACUAAUUAAACAUAUAUAUAUAUAUAUAUAUAUAGCAAGCUAGCUAGCUUAGGACGUAAAUAGUUUAACUAAUUAUACGUGUUGUAUGAUCAAUGGCGCCGGUUGCAUUACCGCCCGGUUUCCGGUUUCAUCCCACAGAUGAAGAAUUGGUGGCUUACUAUCUUAAGAGGAAGAUCAAUGGUCAUAAGAUUGACUUGGAAAUCAUCCCUGAAAUUGAUCUCUAUCAAUUUGAGCCCUGGGAGUUGCCAAGUAAAUCAUUAUUGCCAAGCAAUGAUUUGGAGUGGUAUUUCUUUAGUCCAAGAGAUCGAAAGUACCCAAAUGGAUCAAGGACAAACCGAGCAACAAAAGCAGGAUAUUGGAAAUCGACGGGAAAAGAUAGAAAGGUGAACUCACAAAUGAGAGAAGUAGGAAUGAAGAAGACAUUGGUAUACUACCAAGGGAGAGCACCUAAUGGCCAUAGAAGUGAUUGGGUGAUGCAUGAGUACCGCCUCGACGAAGGAGAGUGUGAAAUUCCUUCUGGCUUGCAGGAUGCCUAUGCACUAUGUCGAGUAUUCAAGAAAACAUCAAUAACAAUCUCAAAUAACGUUAACAUAGCCGCAUCAUGUAUACCACAAGAACAUUCAUUGAGCAAUGUAGUUGAAAUGUCAAGUGAUCAAUCAUCGAGUAUCGACAUAUACACUGAGGCAAGACCAUGCGACGAUUUUGAGUGCUCCGACUAUUCAAUCAUCCCUAUUGAAAGAUGUUCAACUAGUGUCACUCAUGGAUCUUCUUCAUCACUUUGUGAUAUAGGAGUUGGAGAUGGGCAAUGGAUGCAAUAUUUGAAUGAAGAUGAGUUCUGUUGAUUCAUUUUCUUUUAUCACAUUUUAUGUUUUUCAUGCUUACUAUUCAUAUUAUACUCACGUUAUAGCACUAUUGGGUUUUUUUAUCACUUGAAAACGCCUCGGGUUAGACUACUCGUAUCAUAUUUAUUGGUCCAUAUUGAUAUAUAUACUCAGCCAAGGUGCUGUUUUACAGCAAGAGCAAUAUGUAUAUGUGUAUUUUUUUAUGUUACACUCCAAAAACCGAAUUCGCCAUUUGAUUGGGGAAAAGGGGGAAAGGGGAAAAUGAGUAUAUUGUAAUUUAGCAAAAUUAUUCAAUUCCCUUCUAUGCACAAUAUUUAUGAGAUGUUUGGAUUUGUGAUUUCCCAAA